AGGAUUGGGGCGUAAACUGCAGCGUAAUGUCAGAGUCUAUAUUCAACUUAAUUUCGCAGCACGAUUAUGCCAAUUCAUCCAGCCUCGCUCACUCCAACCCCAGCAAGCCUCGACCAGACCAUGCGCCAAGUUACAAGCUGCACGGCCAAGCAAACAAACAAGGAGCAAAAACAAUAUCUGGAAUGACUGCUUAUGAACUUGCGAUGGGGAGCAAAUUCUCUGAAGCUGAAGAAUACCAUCGAGCUCCAAAGAAUAUCACCAAACCCGCCGUUCCUGUCUUUAAGAAGCAGUCUGACUUGGAUCCCUCCGAAGUAGCAAGACGAAGGCAGCAAGCACAGAUGAGGGGGGGUGCCAUUGCCAACAUUUUUGGAACAACCUCUGGCUCCAAGGGCCUGCAACGUCAUGUCUCCGACAACAAGAUGUCUGUCAAAGAGCAGUCAAUCAUCAACGGCCUGCUGAAGGAGCAAGAGUCGAACCCAAUGACAUCGCAGGUGAAGAAGGACAAUCGAGGUGGCAAGGCGCCGAUGUAUCCUGGCCAGAGGAAUUUUGUGGAAGACAACAAGAACUCAGUUGCCGAGCACGCAGCCAGGAAAGUAGCCUCGAUGACACUGAAAGAGAAUGCUCCUUCGAAGAUGGCAGAUUCUUUCAAGAACAGACCUGCCGGGCAGAUCCCAAAAUAUUUGAUAGAGAGGAAGAUAGAAAUGCAGGUGGAGAAAGCAAUGGCAGACGAGGAAGAGCGUAAAAGAAAUGGCGAGCUUGAGAUUAUGCCAGAAGCUGAGAGGCUUGCGACACUGGAGGAAUUGAACAGGCAGAAGAACGCUGCGCUUCAGGAGCUUAACUCCAUACCGCCAUCGAAGGCGGCCUUGGAAGGAUAUAAAGCGCAAGCAAAGAAGAUUGAAGAGCGACUCAAGGAAAUCGACAAGGCUGUAACAUUAUUCUCAAAGAAAGUAGUGUACAUUCAAUGAUAUGCAAAGGCGAGUAGUUCUAGUUCAGUUGAAUGAAUUCCGUUGCGCAC